GCUCGCCUGGCGGCGGCGGCGGGAGCGGCGGCGAUGGCGGACAGCGCCAGCGAGAGCGACACGGACGGCGCCGGCGGCAGCGGCGGGGGCGGCGGCCCGGCGGGGCCGAUGACGGCGGGCGGCCCGGCGGCGGGGCCCGGCUCGGGGGGGCCGGGCGGCGGCGGCGGCGGCUCGGGAGGCAAGGCGGGCGGGAUCGUGAUCUCGCCGUUCCGGCUGGAGGAGCUGACGAACCGCCUGGCCUCGCUGCAGCAGGAGAACAAGGUGCUGAAGAUCGAGCUGGAGACCUACAAGCUCAAGUGCAAGGCGCUGCAGGAGGAGAACCGCGACCUGCGCAAGGCCAGCGUCACCAUCCAAGCAAGGGCAGAGCAGGAAGAGGAAUUCAUCAGUAAUACUCUAUUUAAGAAGAUCCAAGCUCUGCAGAAAGAAAAAGAAACGCUUGCAGUAAACUAUGAAAAGGAAGAGGAAUUUCUCACUAAUGAGCUCUCAAGAAAGCUGAUGCAGCUGCAGCAUGAGAAAGCUGAACUGGAGCAGCAUUUAGAGCAGGAACAGGAAUUUCAAGUGAACAAACUGAUGAAGAAGAUUAAAAAACUGGAAAAUGAUACGAUUUCGAAGCAGCUCACCCUGGAGCAGCUAAGACGUGAGAAGAUUGACCUUGAAAAUACUUUGGAACAAGAGCAAGAAGCACUAGUAAAUCGUCUCUGGAAGAGGAUGGAUAAGCUUGAAGCAGAAAAACGAAUUUUGCAGGAGAAAUUAGACCAGCCAGUGUCUGCUCCACCAUCACCCAGAGACAUAUCAAUGGAGAUAGAUUCUCCAGAAAAUAUGAUGAGACAUAUCAGAUUUUUAAAGAAUGAAGUGGAGAGGUUAAAGAAACAACUGAGGGCUGCACAGUUACAGCAUUCAGAGAAGAUGGCACAAUAUUUAGAAGAGGAGCGACAUAUGAGAGAAGAAAACUUGAGACUUCAAAGAAAAUUACAGAGGGAAAUGGAACGUAGGGAAGCACUUUGCAGGCAACUGUCAGAAAGUGAAUCCAGCUUAGAAAUGGAUGAUGAAAGAUAUUUUAAUGAGAUGUCUGCACAAGGAUUAAGACCUCGCACUGUGUCCAGUCCUAUCCCUUAUACACCCUCACCAAGUUCUAGCAGACCUAUAUCACCUGGUCUGUCAUAUGCAAGUCACACAGUUGGUUUCACACCACCAACUUCACUGACUAGAGCUGGAAUGUCUUACUACAAUUCCCCAGGCCUUCAUGUGCAACACAUGGGACCAUCCCAUGGUAUUACAUCUCCACCAUCUGACGGAUGAGUCAUCUGAGGUUGCUCCAAGAGGCCUUCACCACGAAGAAGUAACAGCCCCGACAAAUUUAAACGUCCCACUCCUCCUCCUUCUCCAAACACGCAGACCCCAGUGCAGCCACCUCCGCCACCACCUCCACCACCUGUGCAACCUCCGGUCCAACCCGCAGCAUCGCAGGCAGCCACUUUUCAACAUUCAGUGCAUCCCUCCUCUCAGCCUUAGUGCAUGUGCUCAGCAGUCUGAUGUCAGAAGUGGACUCAUAACAUGGAGCAGUUUACUAAAAGCCAAAGGCUUCCUUGGCAUAUUUGGAUUUGACUUAUUUGCACUGAGGUUAUUUAGGCUUCACUGUUAAUUGUGUUGUAAACGUUUGUAUAAAAUGCAGCCAGUGUUGUGGGUCUACAACACUAACUUAACAAAGUUUUGCCAUCAGUGUUUACUUGAACUACAUGUAUGUCCAUUCUCUGGCUGGAACAUUUGCUACUCUGUUUGGUAAUACGGCAUUAUGUCGUUUUGCUUGGCUCCAAAGCUUCAUUUUCCUGGCUUUUAGGUUUGUAAAAUUAAAGGGUACCUUUUUAUAUUUUUUCAUGACAAUUUGCAGAAAAUUAAAGGCAUGAUGGGCUAUAUGAUAAAUUCUGAAAUAUGACAGUGUUUACCAAGCUUAUGGAAAAUCAGCACUAUGUUUCAGUCAUUGGAAAUAACAGCUUCUCGUGCAAAAGUGAGUCAGACACCCCAAUCAGUGCCCAAGACACAUACUCUAUUGUAUUAUGUACUAAAUAAGCUUAAUUCAGCACACAGGACACAUCCGUAUUUCUCCUGUUUAAAAGCACCUCAAACGUGUGGUACAGUCUGAAUUUUACAGUGAGGGAACUGGCUUGUUGGAGUCUGUGGAAUGUACAAUUCGUGGACCUUAAGAUUUGAUGAUUUCACUUGACAUUUGCGUUAACCUGUAAGCUGCCCACACUGUGUGAUCUGUCACAAUUAACUUUGGUAAGUGUGGUCCUGCCCACAGGUUACUGAUAGCUGAUUAAAGUGUGCUCUUUGAUUUUGAUUUUUUGCUGCAGAAGGCAAUGUGAUUGUAAAGAACAGCUGAUGAUAACGUUUUUCUUGUUAAAAACAUAUUAAUUGUGAUUCCCCUGAAGCAAAGUUUCAAGAGGUAUUCUAAAUGUUCAAAAGUCUGUUAGAAAAUAAGGUAUAAGAUGAGCAUAUAGGAAUAUAUUGGCACAACAGCCAAAAUGUUGUAUUGCUUGGUAGAAACAGAGUACAAGGAAGUAGCACAACAUGGCACUAAUGAAUGCUUAUUUAGCAGCCUAAGCCGGUACAAUGUAUAAAGAAAUGUAUUCGGAAUACAUUCUUUCCAUUCAUUUAGCACAAAUAAAUUGGUUUCACUUUGCAGUGGAACAUAGUGUCACUUCUUGAUAUUGACAUCUUGCUCAGUUACAUUUUUCCUGAGGUUCCUGUUGAAUACUGAGGUUUAUGUAUUAUUGAUUUUGAGUAGUUUACCUCAUAUAUAUGAAUAUGUGGGCCAUGGAAAAUGACAAAAGAAUGUUUAUUUUAUGAGAAUAUGUAUCUGGCUAUAAUCAGAGCAGAACAUGAGUAAUUUAUCUUUUGUUUACAAAAGUUUGUUUGACAUGCCUAAUGCUUUAUUAAGGACAUUUUUAAGAAGGAAGUACAGCAUACUGGUAGUAUACUAACACUUGUACAUAUAUUUUCAUGUUUGCCACUCACUAUUCAGUAAGAAUUGCAAACUGAAAAUCUUUAUAAAAUUAGUGCUCUAAAUCAAAAUAGCAAGUUAAAAUAAUGUUGUAAAAGGUUCCGCUUAAGGCAAAACUAGAAUUUCUUCACUGUAGAUAUGUAGUUUCAUCUCUGAGAGAAUUUAGAGAAGUGCAUAUAUAGUCUAUUACACGUUUCAAACCAAUAUGGGAUCAAGUCCAUUAUCAAAUUACAUUAGUUAUGGUAGUGAAUUUCCAAUCAAGUGAUUCUCAAGAUUGUGGCAGACUUAAAAUUUGCCCAGUGCUUCCAUCUGAAAAUAACUGACCAUAGCAGGUGCUCACCUUUCCAUAGAGGAAGCUCAGCUGAGAGCAUUGUGAUGAAUCAGAGUUCCUGAAUCGGUGGUAGGACUGCAUGGGAGAAGGUUACAGGCAGGCAGAGGUGGGACUAAGUUCAAGGCAGGAUUGGUUUAGUUUGACGCUUGUCCUUUUGUAAACAGAAGACGAAGAAACAAAUACAUUCUUUCUAAGUAGGAGUCCAGCUCAAGUACACCACUACUUGCAAUGGUGCCCUCCUUUCUGAAGUGCUUUGAGAUUUUUGGACUUACAGCUCUACAGAGUGCGAGCUGACAGUGAUGGUAGUGUAAAUGUGGGACGGGGGAAGCCUUUGACAGUGUUAAGACUAUAAAAUGGAAAAUUGCCUAGACUAAUUUACGUUUAAAGCAUAUUCCAAAACUGAAUUUGUGUAACCCGAGUUCAGCUGCUGUUAUAAAGUGUCUUAGUGAACUCUCCUUACUAUUCCAGUGGGACUGUUACCAGAGGAAAGUAAAGAACUGACAAAUGUAUACUGAAUCUUGAAAGUGUAACAAGGCACUGAAUUGGCCUUACCUAACUAAGAACAUGGAAAGAACAUUUGCUUGCAAUCAGAAGUGGUAAACUCUUAUUUGUAGACCUUUUGAAUAAGAUGAGAAAUUGUGCACAACCAUCUCCUAAUAAAUAUAAAUGGAUUUUCA